AGGACGUGACUCUACCUCACCACAGUGUCUUUGACUGGAACCCGCAGCACCAUGACUCUAGCAGCAUACAGAGAGAAGAUGCGAGAGCUCCCCCUGGUGUCUCUCUUCUGCUCCUGCAUCCUUCCUCGGCACAGAGACGCCACAGUUGAAAAGAAGGAAGCCGGCGUGGUGGACUUGAACCUGUGCAACAUCCGGCACAUGGAGGUGAUCGAGCUGAGCAAGCGGGCGAGCGGCCAGGCCUUCGAGGUCAUCCUGAAGCCGCCCACCUUCGACGGCGGCCCCGAGCUCAGGGCGACCACGCCUCCUCGCCAGAAGCCAUCGCUGGAGGAGAUUCAGAAGAAACUGGACGCCGCCCAGGAGAGAAGAAAGUGUCAUGAGGCGGAGCUGCUGAAACAUCUGGCCGAGAGGAGGGAGCACGAGCGGGAAGUGGCUCAGAAAGCUCUGACCAAAGAGCGGCAGGAGCAUCGGGCCGAAGCGAACAAGCAGCAGCGGCUGAUGCACCUGAGCGCCUCACAGGAGCGGCUGCAGGAGGAGGACAAGCACAGUGUGGAGGUGUCUUGA